UUGCAUCAACAAGUAGGAAUGGCGUUAACAAGCAAAAUUGUGGCUUUGGCAUUGAUGCUUGUGACGUGCUGCGCCACCACCGAGGCCAGGAAACCCAAGGUCACAAAAAUCCAAUUUUACAUGCAUGAUAUUGUAGGGGGAUCCGACCCAACUGCCGUUCGUGUAGCGGGCCGGUCCAACUUCACAAGGCCAGAUCCAAUUGGGGCCAUGUUUGGAUCCCUUUUUGUAAUGGACAACCCACUCACGGCGACACCCGACCCAAACUCGACCGUAAUAGGCCGAGCCCAAGGAACAUACGCGAUGUCAUCACAGCAUCAGGAGUUCAGUCUUCUCAUGACGCUCACAUAUGGGUUCACCACUGGACCUUAUAAUGGCAGCACAUUUAGUGUGCUGGGCCGGAAUCCGGUGAUGAGGGGAGUGAGAGAAAUGCCAGUUGUCGGCGGCACCGGCACUUUUCGGCUCGCUCGGGGGUAUUGCUUGGCGACAACCCAGUCCAUGGACCAGAUGGAUGCAGUGAUUGGAUACAAUGUCACAUUAAUACACUAUUAGUUAAUGGAUUCAUUUUUUACCAUUUUCGCUCUAAAUUGUUUCUAAUCACUUAUAAAUAAGAACUUGCUUUCGAUUUAAUUAGGGUA